GGGGCCAUGGGGAUGAGGAGUGCCCAGCCUCUGCCGUGGGUGCUGGCACUUCCUUGAGCUGCAGUGAUUGCAAAGGCAAUGUUUCCCAAUCGAGCGGACGUGAGGCCAAACCAGCAGCGUGGUGACGGAGGAGGAAGGACCGUCCCCAGGGAGCUGAGUUGGCUGCUGGAGGAGCACCAGCACUAUGGCACUGCUGGGUCACAUCCUGCCACCACCACUUCCACUGCUGCUGCUACUGCUGCUGCCAUACAGCCAUGCUGCAUCAUGCCACCCACAGCCCAACGCCACGCACUUCAUCUGCACGGAUCCCGCUCUCAACACCUUCCCCUCCGGGCUUCCCCCCACCACUGUGGCCAUCUCAGUGGAGUUCACUGCUGUGACCACCAUAUCCCCCAGUGCACUGGCCGGGCUGCCCCAUCUGCAGGAGCUGCACCUCUCCUCCAACCACCUGGCCGUGCUUCCAGAGGCCCUGCUGCAACCCGUACCCACUCUACGCAUCCUUGACCUGACCGACAACCUCCUGCCCGACCUCCCUGCUGGCAUUUUUCAUCAUUCCAUCCACCUGCGGCACCUGGUGCUGCAAGGGAACCUCCUGCAGGCACUGCAGCCAGCCUGGUUCAUGCACCUGACCCAGCUGCAUUGGCUCAACCUGGCAGGCAACGCUCUGCUGGAGGUGCCCCCCGCUGCCCUCCGUCCGCUGCGCUCCCUGCGCAGCCUGGACCUGGCACACAAUCGCCUGCAUCACCUCCAUGCUGAUACAUUCAUGGGGUUGCAGAAGCUCGAGCGGCUCGACCUGGAAGGCAACCAGCUCCGUGCACUGCCACCAACCCUCUUCAUGCCCACCCCUGCUCUGCGCCUGCUCUUCCUGCAGAGCAACACCCUGCAGGUGCUGCCCGAUGGCAUUUUCUCCCCACUGCUCCAUCUCCGUGUCCUCGACCUGGCACACAACCAUCUGCAGGCUCUGCAGCUGCCCCCACGUUCCCCUGGCCCCCCGCUGUCCCUUGACAUCUCAGGGAAUCCCUGGGCCUGUGAGUGCUCACUGCUGGCACUGCUGCAGGAUGCAGCCCCGCAGCUCAUUGCUGCCCGUGACACACGCUGUGCCAGCCCUGCACAGCACCGAGGGGAGGAGGUGGCUGCUGUGAGCCAGGCUGGCUGUGACCAUGGAGGGGACAAACAGAGUCCCCUGGAUCACUAAGGAAGGGGUUCAGCACCGUGUCCCCUCCCUCCAACCCUCCCAGGGAAACUGAGGCAAUGAGAACAGGGCUGUUCCCAUCCCAGUGAUUCCCAUCGCCAUCCCAGUGGCUGCCAUCCCCAUCCUACCCACUCCACCCCAAAGGCUCCCAGCCUCACCCCACCUGGUUCACACCAUCCCACGUCCCAUCUCUGUGUCCCCAUCCUUACCAGACCCCAUUAAAUGGAUUCUCCUCGUUCUGCUGUGC